AUGCUGGGAUCCUGCUUCUUCAUCUCCCGUCGAGAAAGACGGGGUUGCUCGACCUUUUGUUCAUGUGGUCCUUGUGUUGACUCGUUAUUUAGAUGCCAUUAUUGUCACGCUAUGUCUGUGUCUGAUACUGAAGAUGUUUAUGAUGGAAUCUCUGGGCAGCUUAGCAAUGGAAAUUCCGACGGCCUACUGGCGAUACUGGUGAUAUUUAUUUCACUGUCUUGCUACAAUGUCCUUGAACUCGUCAUCCUGGUGCUUUCGACCUUUCGGCGGUGGGGAGGGUUGUACUUUUGGAGUCUUUUAGCCUCUGGGGUACUCGGGGUCGUGCCAUACUCGGUUGGCUUUCUGUUGAAAUUCUUCAGCCACGUGAAUUCAACACUCUCUGUCAGUAUCCUCACCAUUGGCUGGUGGAUAAUGGUCACAGGACAAUCCUUUGUUCUGUAUUCACGGUUGCAUCUUGUGCUUCGAGAUGAACGUGUCCUCCAUCGCGUUCUGUAUAUGAUUAUCGCAAAUAUCUUUUUCCUGCACGUGCCAACAACAGUUUUGACUUAUGGCUCGAAUGUCAUCAAAAACGAUAAGGAGGUUCGCUCUCCCUGGGUGGAGGGCUAUAACAUCAUGGAAAAGAUCCAAAUGACGGGGUUCACCGUCCAGGAAGUCAUCAUCUCGGUACUAUAUGUUUGGGAAACCGUCAAAAUGCUCCAGCUCGGCUCCAGCCGCGAGAAUCAGAGAAUCAUGCGUCAGCUGGUGGGAAUCAACGUGAUAAUUGUCCUCAUGGACCUGGCGUUGCUGGGCCUUGAGUACGCCAGCGUAUACGCGAUCCAAAUCACGCUGAAAGGCGUCAUCUACAGCGUGAAACUGAAGCUGGAGUUUGCGGUGCUUGGAAAGCUCGUUGACGUUGUCCACGGGAAUCAACGCUCCGGAUUGAUCGGAAGCCCGAUCCACUUGGGUUCGUUGCAGGCUUCGAAUCCGCCUGGUGGAAUGUCGUCGGCAGUACGGGGCGGGGUUAAUUUCGGCCGCGGUUCAGUCACGAAUUCUGUGUCCAGGGCUCCUCGAUCUCAGUCAAACAUUGAUGUGCCGGGGGACAAGAUAUUGGCGAUGACAGAAACAUGGGUUGAGCGUCGCCAUCGCGACGACUUUUAG